AUGAGCCUGCAGGCCCUCCAAGCAAACCGUGAUUUAUGGUACAAGAUCCAAGUCCUUCUCUACGACCUCUGCAACAUCGUCACCGAUCGCACAGCAGAAUCUCGCACGCUUGCAACAACAGACGAGUUAUACAUCAGUGCACCGUAUCUUGCCGCCGAUGAAGCCGCUCUCGUCAAACAAACACGAAUCUCACCACCAACUCUGCAAGAAAUAUCAGAUGCGCCUUGUCACCAUCGAAGAAAUAUCAAAGGAUGCUUGGAGAACUUUUUCGAGAAGCGGAGGGCGAGUGGGGAUGCACGUCCUUGUGAUCCGCAUGAUAUGGGUCCGAUAUAUCUUGCGGUGUUUGGAGUUUCGAAAGAAGAAUUGAGGGAUGAGAAGUUUCUGAGUCGUUUGAGACGGGCAGGAUUGCCUCGAUUAGAUGAAGCGGAGACGGAAAAGAACAAUGAGCAUAUGUCUCGGAAGGGACGGAAGAAAGAUAGAGAGAAAGGAGGAAGGAAAGGGCGCAAAGGCUAG